CAUGGUGGAGGUGCACCAGCCCAACAGCGAGCCCGACGUCAAUGAAGUGAGGCCCUUGCCCCAGGCCAGAGCCUCCACGCUCUCCCAGCUGUCGGACAGCGGGCAGACCCUCAGCGAGGACAGCGGGGUGGACAUCGGGGAGGUCGAGAUGAGCGGCAAGGACAAGAGCCGGCAGCCGGUCCCUGCAAAAAGCCGAAGCCUCAAGGAGGCCACGAGGAGCGAGGGGACAGCAGAAGGGGCCACCAAGCCGCCGGGGCUCCUGGAGCCCACGUCGUGUCUGAUCCGAGUGUCCAAGAGCGCACCCACCCUGGGGAUCGCCAUCGAGGGUGGAGCCAACACGCGGCAGCCACUGCCCCGCAUCGUCACCAUCCAGCGCGGAGGCUCGGCACACAACUGCGGGAAGCUGAAGGUGGGCCACGUCAUUUUGGAAGUGAACGGCACGGGGCUACGAGGCAAAGAGCAUCGGGAAGCCGCCCGUAUCAUCGCUGAAGCCUUUAAGUUGAAGGAGAAGGACUACAUUGAUUUCUUGGUCACAGAAUUCAACGUCGCCCUUUAGGAACCUGAAUGGGUUUUGGGUGGGAUGGGGA